AUGUUUCUUUUCCAGACAUUAAAAUUGCUUGCUGAUAUAGAUUAUAGCGGGGGUUUUCAAAGUUCUGUUGAUAUUAGUAUGCUGUUUGGCCGAUUUGCGCAACUGUCAAUCAAGCUCACUCGUCUUUCUGGAAAAAUCAGGUUGAAACUAACUCGUGAGCCUUUUACUCAUUGGGUCUUUGCAUUUGUUGAUAUGCCAACGCUGGAAUUCCAAAUUGACUCACAGUGGCAAGGCAAGCAAGUAAAACAUCUCAUACCUUUCAUCACACAGAAAUUUAGACGUAUGAUUCAACGCAAGCAUGUUUGGCCGAACUACAAGAUUCGAUAUCGUCCUCUAUUUCCUAAUCCCUUAUAUCAGCCUUCUCCAUCUACAGAUUCUUUUGAAUAUAUUAAAACAUCGGGUUUGUUGGAAGUUACGGUUUUACGAUGUACAAGACUGAACACCGCUUUAGUCAAUAACGGAAAUUCAGAGGUUUUCUGUGUUGUAUCUAUAGAUCAUCGACCGCUAAUGGAAAUUGCAAGCAAAAGUUCAACGCGAUGCAUUACCGUAUUAUUAAAUUUUAAUCGGCACGGUACCAGUGAGUCGAUUGGGUUGACAUUUUCGAAACUCAUUUCCAACACCGGAGUCAGAUCCGUACAAGUUUCAACUAUGGAAAGCUUUUCCUCUGCUGAAAGAUGUGGUUUUAAAGCAGGUGAUGUUGUCCUUGCUGUAAAUAACGUUCCAGUUAUGAGUGAACGUCAGCUGAACAAACUACUUUCCGGUACUUUCAGUGAAUUGAAUGUCUUAGUUGAUCGAAUGAUUUGUGAAAAGUACAGCAAUAUUGACGAAGGUACUUCUCUUGGCGAUUUCGAUGAUAUCGUUGUCCCUCAGGUCUCUGAAAAUGUAAAGCAUAAAAGUGGGCAAACGAAAGUGUUGGAGAAAGGUAAUCACCAGCGUAAUCGGAUUUCAACAGCAGUUAAUUCGAAUGUAACUUCAAAUAACUUUACGGCAAACGUUUUGAAAUACAAAAGAAAGCUCCAUUUAUGCGCAGAUGGCAAUUUUAUUGAUUUUUCGAAAAUGUUGGAACAUUCUGGUCUGAUGAAAUUUGCACAGUCUGAAACUGAGCAUGAUUGUAAUCUGAGGGAACAUGGCCGUAUUAGGCGCGCAAGGUCUGAAGCUGAAAUAACAGAAGGUGUUUGUUUGAACAGCGAAAGGCUGAGGCCGUUAUUCACCUCUAGUCUUGAAAAUUUGUCUUGCUAUACAUAUAAGGAAACUAAAAGAACGCUAACGAAUAUGGCUGAAGAUUGUGUUAUGUUACAUGCAGUAAGUACAAAGAAAGAUAGCAGCAUUGGCAUUUUCAAUGCUGAUGCUCGAGCAGCAGAGAUGGCGGCAGCAGGAAAAGCUAGAAUGUCCGACCUUUGGUACCGGCAUAAGGAUGCUGGUUCUGGUGCUGAAGUUGGGGUGGAUGCGCUAUCACAGCAUGAUAUUGACGUGGUGCUUCCACGUACUUCAUUUCCUGCGUCAGCCUUAGGGAGCAAAAAAAGAAAUCCUUUAUGCAAGACAAAAAGAUCAAUUCCCACGCAAAGUGAUGGACAUGAUUUGUGGAAUGUUCCUCCAAAAACACUAGUCACAAAGUCACUUGCGAUGAGCGAAGAUGUUCUUUGGGAUCAGUCGCUGCAUUUUGAUCUCAGUGAAGAUACUUGCAAAUAUUUGAACCUAAUUGUGCGAGCGAGGCCACUGACUGUUAAAGCAGCGGAUGGCACCACUUCACAGGACAGUUCACAGGACAGUCAAAUUACAAGGGAUGAUUCUCAAAUGCUGGAAUAUAUAAGUAUUUACCUCCCGCAGGUGCUAGACGAUUGUCAGCUCACUUUGUCCAACUGUUAUCAAGAACUGUUCACAUUGCGACCGCCAUUUUGGAGUGCAUCAAGGCGGUUAUUAACACGAAAAGCGGUUGAAGAGAGUCGGCGAGCUGGUUUUGAUGAACGUCUUUGUUAUGGAGAUAUUGUUCUAGGCUUUCGUUAUUUCCCCUCAGGUCUUCCAAAGGAUUCUGAGAACAGAUCAAGUGUAGAAAACGCUGAAUACAUAAAAAAUGUCACAGAAAUCAGCAGAGCGAGUUCUGAAAGAUCAUUGAAAACCAAGCAUAAUUUCGAAACUAUAUUGCUGAGAGUUUGUCGAGGAAAAGUUUGGCUAAAAAUGGCUUCGCGCUGUACAAGCUGUUUGUUGGUAUGUCAUAACAAAUGCUUACCUAAGAUUGAGACUUCCUGUUCCUAUCGACAUCCGAUCAACGACUCUACAUUUGAGUACGUGCUUUUAUUGAAAAGUGUUUGUUUGAUAGGAUCUGAGGAACUACUAUCUUGGCGACGUCGCAUUGCAGUUAAAGUAUCUGAAAGGCUUAAUUCUACAUGGAAAAGUGUCGGACGUAGGAGAGCGUCUUUCCAUUUAUUAAAAGAAAAUAAAGGAAUGAUUGAGCGGAAAACCUCUGCUAUUCAAAUGGGGGCCGAUGAAGUGGUACCAGUCGGGAGAGCAAUACCGGAUGUUUUUUCCAUGUUGGAACUUUCGGAAAAUUUAAGCCAAAUGAUGUACCAACCAGGAAAUGCAUACAACGAACAGAUGAUAAAUGCUGCCAAAAUAGCUGGCAAAAAUAUGUUCGCUGAUCUAGAUCCUGUCAGCAGAAAAGCGAAAAUAAAUGAAGAUAUGGAGAAAAUUCGAAACGUUAUCCAUCAGAUAACUAUUGAACGCUUGAAUGUAAUGAAAUAUACUCGCUCAGGUUCUAUUAAUUUUGCGGUAUUGGAGGAUAGAUUGCAAGCUCUCGCGGUUCUUAUGUUACAUUACUGUGCAGCUUUACAGAACUGUAUUGAUCUAGAAGAAAACUGA